AAAGACAAAAUUCAAAGAAAGAUCUGAGGAAACAGCUUUUCUGGUUCCUGUUCUGGGGUGGUUAUAGCUGAAAUCUCACCACGCAUCCGUGUGCUGGGAUGAGCCCCGGGGGAAUUCCAGAUGAUUAAAAAGUGUUUUAAUAGUGUUGUUGCUCUUCCCAAAAGGGAAUAAGAUGACCUGGUAGCUACAGGUUGAUUGGCUUGAUAGCAUCCCCCCAGGGAGAAGAGGGAGAAACCUGGCUCGGGCUUGAAUUGAUUAAAGACUUCAACACCAGGAAUAAAUUCUUGCCAUCCAACGUGGCUGUAUGGAAAAUAACUCCUGGCAAAUAGAAAUCAUUUCAGUCUCCAACACGAGAGGUGACUCUCUGGCUGUAAUACACUUCGGAGGAGCAGUUGAGUUAUGGGAGGUGAUAUUCUUGUAAAAAUCUGCACUUUUCCAGUAUUAAAAAAGUCAAUCCAGUCCAGUAUUUAGAGCUGACAUUGCACAGUGUCAAGAAAGCUGGUAUUAAAUAAACGUGGUCCAUUUCUAAGGCAGUUAUCAGGGAGAUUAUCACUGCUGGGCGCUGGUAACAUGGACUCGGUGUUUUUAUCACUAAUCUAGAAGAAAGGAGAUGGAAAUGAUUUCUGGAAAAACCUGGAUCUGACCCACAGCAGCUGAGUGUUAAUGGUUUGUACAAAUCUGGGUGGUAAGCUGAGUGAGAGAAAGGCAUCCUAGCUGGAGCAGAAUGGAACAUGGAAAUCUUUUACACCCAAAAAUAAUAACUGUGGCUGUACGUGGUUUCCUGUCCCUAAUCUGGAUGGUAAAUUUUCAGCUGGAGCUGCUUGCAGAUGCUGGGAGAGGCAGCACAGGGGCUCACCAGGCAGCAGUCUGUCCCCAUUUCUGCACUGGAGAAUCGAAAAUUUUCAGGGUAAUGUGAAAUUUGGCUCUGGGGAACAAAACAAAUAGCAGUUAUUUGCAUUUCUGGUCAGAACCAAAUUUGGGCUUAGGGCAGCCAAAUCCAAACUUUCCUUCUCAGCAGAGGAAAUGUGGAGUCCGAGGGACUAAGGGGCUGCAGAAAGGGUCUUACAGGUGGACAGGAGGGGGCCAUCCAGUGAGUUCACUCAUAAAUCAAAUCAAAGAGGAAAGAGGAGGGCUUGGCAAAAGCACCUAAAUGCUCUCGCAGAGGAGAAAAUACGUGGUAGCCAAAAGCUUGUUAAAUGAGCAGAGAAAAGAUGGCAAGAAUCAAUGUCUGGCAGCUGAGGGCAGACACAUUGGAAAUAAGGCAUAAAUAUUUUACCAGGAGGAGUAAAUCAUUGGAAGAAACGUGGAGCAGCAGAGGUGGGGGCAGCACCUCUCUGCCUUUGGCAUCACGACCCGCAGAGUUUCUCCCAGAGCCCCAAGGCUGGGCCAGCAAGAGGGACUGGAUGGAACCACAUCAAGGCCCUGAUUAGGUGAUUUAAUUAGAGGAUGAUGCAUUUAUCUUUAAUCACGGUGGAGCCAUGGAAAAGAGAAGCUCUUGUGCCCUGAUGGCUCUCCUGGAGGAACACCCACGAAAUCCCUGGUGGCACUUGGCAGGUGCCUCUUUUAGCUUUGUCUCUGGCCACCAGUGGUUGUGUUCUCACAGAUCUGUGGUGGGAAGGCGAGGGGACAGUGCUUGGUGGCUCUUCUUGAUGCCCAGCAAAACAGACUGAGAUUCAGGGAAGCAGAUCUCAGUGAGCAUCCCAGCACGCUGUGGCUGCUGGGGGAAGGAGCUGCUCCAGGGCUUGCUUGGCCACCCGUGGGUCAGAGCAUCCCCAGCCUGGCAUCCUUGGGGACACAUGGGCUUAGGAGAAAGAGAUAAAGGUCAGGGGGCUGUUGCUGGUUCCAUCUCCUCUCGUUCUCCUUUCCUUUCCUUCCUCCUGCUGUUCUCUCCUGGUCUCCCAUGCGAUGGGGUAGGUGCUGUUGGUUAUAGGGGGUAUAGAUGUGGUUCAGUAGCCCCCAUGCAAACAUCAGGACCGUGUUGCAGAACCUCUGAGCCUUCCAAACCCACCACACUGCGAGCAGCUGAUGUCCAUGAGCAGCCCGGGACCUCUCCUCCUCUUCCUCUCCCAGAAACGUGACAGACGCCUGCCCAGGAUGAUGCACAACGAAGGGCAAAGCUUGUUUUGAGAAGGAGGAUGAAUGGAAGGGAAAAAGGCACGUGAGAAGGAUGGCAAGCUGUGCUUCAUGACGACCUCCCGCACCAUGUUUUAUGGGCCGUCCUCCACCAUGGCUCCGCCGUCCAAGAACCGGCUGAAGCGCCAGAGCCGCCUCUUCUCCCAGGUCCUGUACCGCACCCUGAGCUACAAGGACCGCGGCUCGGCCCCGCCAGCGGCCGCCGAGGACGACCCGGCCGAGCUCUCCACGCAGCUCUCGGCCCCCGGCAUCCUGAAAAUCUUCGGGGGCAACAUCUGCGCGGGCACCAACUACAAGAGCGUGCUGGUGACGGGCAGCUCGGGCGCGCGGGAGCUGGUGAAGGAGGCCCUGGAGCGCUACGGGCUGAGCCAGCUCAGCGCCGGGCAGUACGCGCUCUGCGACGUCAUCGGCCGCUUCCAGGGCCCCGAGAAGCAGUGGCAGACGGAGGGGCUCAGGGUCCUGGGUGACCACGAGAAGCCGCUGCUCAUCCAGGACCUCUGGAAGCCCAGGGAGGGCUUCUCGCGCCGGCUGGAGCUGCGCAGGAGGGCGGAGGUGGAGGAGAUGGCGGCCAGGGAUGUGGACACCACCACUGCAGGCAUCAACGCCCAGGCGCGGAAGCUGCAGCGGCACCGGGCGCGGGGGGCCCGGCGGGCGGCGGGGGCUGAGCGGCGCGGGCCCCCCCCGGCCCUGCGGCGCAGCCUCAGCGAGACCAGCCUGGGGACCCCGGCGCGGCGGGCGGGCAGCGGGGCCGGGGCCGGCGGCGGGGCCGGGGCCCGGCUCCAGCGGCACUGCUCCACCCUGCCCGGCAGCCCGGCGGCGGCGCGGAGCGGCGGCAGCAGCAUGCGGUACUCCCUCUACCAGUCCCCGCACCUCCUGCUCCUGCAGGGCUACAGCCAGCAGCAUGACAGCCUGGUUUACCUGCUGAACCGCGAGCAGCACACGGUGGGCCAGAGGACACAGGCGAGCAAGCCCAGCAUCAGCCUGUCCGCCCCCGACAUCCUGCCCCUGCACUGCACCAUCAGGAAGCUCCGACCUUCCCGGCACCGCUCGGAGGAGAAGCUGGUGCUGGAGCCCAUCGCCGGCGCCGGCAUCUCUGUCAACUUCGCCGAGGUGGCCCGGACGGUGGUGCUGCGGCACGGGGACCUGCUGUCCCUCGGCCUCUACUACCUGCUCCUCUACAAGGACCCCAUGAAGGCGCAGCCGCUGCCGGCGCAGACCCUGCUGAGGCUGCGAGCCCUGCGCCCCGAGGCUCCCCACGUGUGCGGGGCGUGCGGCAGCCUGCUGAAGGAGAAGGACAGAAAGCGGGGCUCGUCGCCCGCCGGUGGCCCCAGGACGCCCCGCAGGAAGCUGCAGCUGGAGUUCGAGCCGGCGGCCGAGGACGUGCUCCUGCGGCGCAUCAUGACCCUGAUCGAGCCCGGAGGGGAUGACCACAAGCUGACACCCGCCUUCCUGCUCUGCCUCUGCAUCCAGCACUCGGCCACCAACUUUGAGCCGGGAGACUUCGGGCAGCUGCUGCUCAAAGCGGCCAAAAUGAUCCAGAGGACGGUGUGGGAGCGGACGCGGGAGCUGGCUGAAAAGCAAUCCCAGCACCAGGACCCUGCCACCCUGUCCCGCUUCACCAUCACAGACCUUCUCCCAGACCUGCAGCACAUCAUCUUCUGGAUGGCCAAUGCCAUCGAGAUCCUCUACUUUGUCCAGCAGAAAUCACCCACCUACAUCCAGAGCAUGGAGGAAGAGCUGGACAUCAAAGGCUCCAAGGAGUCUCUGUUCUCCUCGACCAUCACGGCCAGCGAGGAGGCGAUGACGGUGCUGGAGGAGGUGAUCAUGUACACCUUCCAGCAGUGCGUCUACUACAUCUCCAAGUGUCUGUACGUGUCGCUCCCUGCCCUGCUGGAGUGCAACCCCUUCCAGAGUGAGUGCCGGGAGGGCUGGCGGGGAGCCCCGCCUCUGCCCGAGGAGCUCCGCAGGGUCGUGCUCAUCUACCAGGCUGUGCUGGACCUGCUCCACCAGUACGAAGUGCACCCCGAGAUCACCUCCCAGAUGUUCGCCUACCUCUUCUUCUUCUCCAACACCCUGCUCUUCAACCAGCUCCUGGAUAAGGGCUCCUCUCUGGGCUGCUACCACUGGUCUCAGGGGGUGAAGCUGCGGGCCAGCGUGCGGCUGCUCCUGGAAUGGCUGCACGGCGCCGGCUUCGAGCAGCUCGCCCAGCAGUUCUUCGCCAAACUGGCCAGCGUGGCCAACCUGCUGGCCAUGCCCGGCUCCCAGCUGGUGCAGAUGACCUGGCCAUCCCUGCGAGCCGAGUUCCCAGCGCUGAGCCCCGCGCAGCUGCACCGGGUGCUGAGCCAGUGCCAGGCAGUGAUGGACGUGGGCUGCAUCUCAGCGUGGCAGCCCAGUGAGGAGGAGAGCCCAGCCACCUUCCAGCCUGAUGAGGUGCUGGAGUCCUUUGACAAUCACCCACCCAUCAUCCUGCCCAGUGGAGGCUUCAAAGUGGACCUGGAGGUGGAGACGUUGGACGACAACAUCUACAGACACCUCCUUUACAUCCGCCACUUCCUCUGGAGCCUGCAGAGCAGGAGCCCCCACACCAGCGAGGGGCCGGGCUCUGCACUCCCAAAGAAAGAGGCAUGCCCGACGCCGGAGGUGCUGGAGGUGAGCGAGGGCCCGGCGGCCGCCCUGGGCAGCAGCAUUGCCCAGGAGGAUUAUUGCUCCCUGGGGGGCUGUGCCGAGCCCCAGGGGAACCCCCAGCUGUGCCUGGCCACCAGCACCUGCCCCUGCGAGCCCCCCGCCGGCGAGCCCCAGCUCCAGGAGAAGCUCCAGCAGCUGCAGCUGGGCAGGAGCCCGGUUCCCAAGGGUGGCACGGUGCCCCCAGACCCCUCCUGCCUGCUGACACCACCCACCACCCCCCUGAACUUCGACUCCGGGAGCCCGGAGUCACCGCAGGGCACCGGCAAAGGGCUGCAGGACGCGCGGAGGAACGGGAUGAACGGCACCAAAGGCAGCACCCCCGAAGGCUGCUCGCCGACCCCCUAUGAUUACCCCACGCCGGAGUCUUCCAGCCGCAGCUCUGCCACCGACGACUUCUGCUACGUCUUCGUGGUGGAGCUGGAGAGGGGACCCAUCGGGCUGGGCAUGGGGCUGAUCGACGGCGUGCACACCCCUCUCUGCUCCCCGGGGAUCUACAUCCGCACCCUGAUCGAGGACAGCCCCGCAGCCGCCGACGGCAGGCUCUCCAUCGGGGACCGCAUCCUGGCUGUCAACGGCACCAGCCUCAUCGGGGCAGACUACCAGAGUGCCGUGGACCUCAUCCGCUCCGGGGGGAAAAAGCUGCGGUUUCUGGUUGCCAAGUCGGACAUUGAAAUAGCCAAAAAGAUCAGUUCCAGCUCCUCUUCCUCCUAGUCCUUGUGGUACAAGGAUCCUGCAGCAGCUUGUGGCUACAGCUCUGGUUAAGGCUGACCUCAGGGAGCCUGGAGUGCAAGAGGGAGGACCAGGACUCCACAACAGCCCUCGUGCUUCUGGACACUUUGCCCCUGCACUGCAGCAGAUGAAAGGACAUGCAAGGAUGGUGCAAUGCUUCUCCCACUGCACUGGCUGGGAGCAUCAUUCCUGAUCCAUUGCCCAGCCUCACCUUAUACCCAGCCAUCCUUCUCAGGAGCUUUCCUGUUCUGUCCCCUCUGGCAGGGGGAGGGAAGGGAAUGCUCCCACCACGAGGACUUGUAGGCAGGCUCCUCUGUUCCUCUAGGCUGGCAGCCCUGUGUGAUAUCUUAUGCUGGCAGGCAGAAGGCUUGAAAUGCCUUUGGGUUUUGAAGAGAACAUGUGAGGCAGGCCUGGGUUUCACUGUGGCAGCGGCCACCUGAGGUGCUGGCACAUCAGGCUGGAAAAGCGUGCCCAGCUCUGGGGGUGGUGAAGGCAGCACAAGCACCCAGGAGUGGGAUUCCACACAGGAUGCAUCGCCAGGAGUUAAUCCCCCUGGUGCCAUACACUAGCUCAGGUGCCUUUUGGCUGCUGGGCUACAGCCCUGCCUCAGGAUGGGAAGCAGCUACAGCAAAGGGCUGACACCACCAGCAGCUCCUGAGUCCCAGGGAGAGCUCCCUGCAGAGAAGGACUCCCUUGCCCUUUGCUGCAGAUUUACUGCCCAGCUCGGGCACCACGAUCGUGGCUGAAGGCCGCCAGGACUGAUGGCAGAAUGUUCCCAGCACAGAGGAUUGGUGCCACCAGGAAGCCGAGGGAGCCCAGCAGCACUCGGCACUGACAGCAGCCCAGGCAGACAAACGACAGCCCAGCACCACGUCCUGCUCCUGCUCCAGCUUCACCAGCCCAUUGCAAGGCUGCUCUGUUUCGCACCCUGCUCGGAGCAUCUCCCGGGUGUGUGCUGCUGAAACGCCGACAGGUGGUGAUGGAC